AUGAAGCCGACUGAUGCACUAAACAGUGACGAGGCCAAUGAAGCCCAGCGGCAGGCCGUCAGAGGUGCCGGCUAUGGCGCAAUCAAAUGGGGAUUCGCGUCUGCAGUGCUUGGGGGUAUAGGAUAUGCCAUGUCGCCCGUCUACCGGGGCUUGACCAUUCAGUUCAAAGUGUAUCUUCAAAUGUCGGGCAUGAUACUGGGAGGUAUGCUUGAGGCAGACGGGGCUGUUCGGCAGUACGAGGCACGGGUGAGGAUGCAGAAGCGACUGGCCAGGGAUCGGGCCAUGUGGGAGACGUUUGAGAAGGAGUUUGAAGAGGAGGGCGGACCGCCUCCUCCGCCGAGGCCGAAGCAUCUUAGAGAGGGCGACCAAAAGUGA